AUGCCUCAAAUCACAGCGACCAGUGAGGAGUGCUUCCAGGAGCGGCGUCCUGGUUGCCCCCGGCUACCCACGGCGCGCGGUUUGCACCUGGCCGGCAGUGGGCAGCGUGACCAUGGCAACCACCCGUGGCCCCGCCCGCGCCGGGUCCCUUAUGCUGCCUGCUGCUGCCGCGGCUUUGGCAUCGGCGGCAGCGGCCCCAACCGGAGACCCCGGGCACUCCUAGAGCUCCUCAUCCCGCCAAGGAGCCCCGAAAGUCGAGUCCCGCGUGAGGGUGAGCUACCCACCUACAGGGUGACUCUCAGCCGCGCCCCAGGGACGGGGCGGGGCCCCUGCGUCUUCCUGGCCGGGUCUGAAGACAGCUGCUGGGCGACCUUCACUCCCACGGGGAAACACGUGUCGACAUACGGAGAACGUAACUAA